CUGGAUAGGCAGCCGGGGAGAUGUUCGAGGUAUGCAAGAAGUCGGCCCACGCCAGGCCAAGGUGUCCCAGGUGAUCUUGUCUGACAAGCGGUUUCCUGAGUCCAUGGAGAGUCAGAGCCGCCAGGGUCGCUCCUGGGCACGGGGAGCUGUCGGUAUGGGCGUCGCGUUCAAAUGAAUGAACGCCAGAAAAUUCGGGGAGCUGGUGGAAUCACGGGCGUGGAGGAAUCCUCGCGAACCAGCCGACCGACCCAGCAAAGGGCUGCCUGAAUUUAGGCUGUGUCUGGUGGACUAGUCUCAGAAAUUACAUCUCUAGUUUGCACAGUGAUUCCCUUCUGAGCCCAGUGGUGCCAAGUUGCCUCCAGGUCUCAGACCCUUUUGUGGACAAGAAAAUCUUACAGAAGAAAUGAUAAUUCUCCAGUUGCUCCCUGAGGUGUCCAUAUUCAGUCCAUGGAGAUCCAGUUCAAUUGUGAUUUUCAACAACAUCACCUUCUUUCAGCAUGGAGAACACUUUCCAUUUGGAUUUUGUUUAUUGUUCCAGAUAUUGAGACUAAGAUCAAAAUUGGACAACCAGCUUCAGAGGAAGAAAUUACAGCAAAAAUUGAAAUGUUGACUGAAGGGUUUGGUAACCCCAAAGAGGAUGAUCUCCAGAACUCUGAAGGCAGAGAAUUCUGUGAAUUUGGAGAUAAAUUGAAUAAAAAGUAUCAGACCCUUUUUAAAAGAAGACAAUAUAACUGUGAGGAAUGUGGACAAAGCUUUGCUUGGAGUACAGGCCUUAUUCAGCACCAGAGAACCCACUGGAAAAAACCCUAUGAAUGUGAUAAUUGUGGAAAGGUCUUUCGAAUGAGCUCAGCUCUGGUUAUGCAUCAGAGAAUUCAUACUGGAGAGAAACCCUAUCCUUGUAAUUGGUGUAUUAAAAGUUUCAGUCGGAGUUCAGACCUUAUUAAACAUCAAAGAGUCCACACUGGUGAAAAACCUUAUAAAUGUGAUGAAUGUGGGAAAGCCUUUAGUCAGAGUUCAGAUCUUAUUAUACAUCAGAGAAUCCAUACAGGAGAGAAACCUUAUCAAUGCAGUCAUUGUAAUAAAAGUUUUAGCCAGCACUCAGACCUAGUUAAACAUCAGAGAAUUCACACUGGAGAGAAGCCUUAUACGUGUAACCAGUGUAACAAACAAUUUAGUCAAAGUUCUGAUGUUAUAAAACAUCAAAGAAUCCACACUGGGGAGAAACCAUAUAAGUGUGAUGUAUGUGGGAAACCCUUCAGUCAGAGCUCAGACCUUAUUCUGCAUCAGAGAAUCCACACUGGGGAGAAGCCAUAUCCAUGUAAUCAAUGUAGCAAAAGUUUCAGUCAGAAUUCAGACCUUAUUAAACAUCGAAGGAUCCACACUGGAGAGAAGCCCUAUAAAUGUAAUGAGUGUGGAAAGGCUUUUAAUCAAAGCUCAGUUCUUAUUCUGCAUCAAAGAAUUCACACCGGAGAAAAACCCUAUUCAUGUAAUCAGUGCAGCAAAACUUUCAGUAGGCUUUCAGAUCUUAUUAAUCAUCAACGAAUUCACACUGGAGAGAAGCCUUAUCCAUGUAAUCAGUGCAGUAAAAUGUUUAGUCGAAGAUCAGAUCUCGUUAAACAUCAUAGAAUUCAUACAGGUGAGAAACCCUAUGAAUGUGAUGACUGUGGGAAAACCUUUAGUCAGAGCUCCAACCUUAUUCUACAUCAGAGAAUCCACACUGGAGAGAAACCUUAUCCAUGUAGUGAUUGCACUAAAAGUUUUAGUCGCCGUUCAGAUCUCGUAAAGCAUCACAGAAUACACACUGGAGAGAAACCAUAUGCUUGUAAUUUGUGCAAUAAAAGUUUUAGUCAAAGUUCAGACCUCACUAAACAUCUGAGAGUGCACUCUGGUGAAAAGCCCUAUUGUUGUGAUAGUUAUGAGAAAACCUUCAGUCAGAGGUCUGACCUUAUUCUUCAUCAGCGAAUUCACACUGGAGAAAAACCAUAUCCAUGCACACAGUGCAGCCGAAGUUUCUGUCAGAACUCGGACCUCAUCAGACACCAAAGAGUCCACACUGGGGAAAGACCUUAUAAAUGUAAUGAGUGUGGGAAGGCUUUCAGUCAGUGCUCAGCUCUCAUCCUGCAUCAGAGAAUCCACACUGGGGAGAAACCAUAUCCAUGUGACCAAUGUAGCAGAAGCUUUAGUCAUCGCUCUGAACUCAUUAAUCAUCAAAAAAUCCACACAGGUGAAAAAAUCAUAUAAAUGUGAUGCGUGUGGGAAAACCUUCACUAUGGGAACAGAUCUCAUUGAUCACCAGAAGAUCCACACUGAGGACAAAAUGUACCAGUGUGUUCAGUGCAUCAUAAGUUUUAGCCAAUUCUCUGAUCUUAUUAAUCAUGAGAAACUCCAUUCUGGGCAAGACAGUUUAAAUGUGAUGAAUGAGGGGAAACCCUUCCUGUAUACACCAACUUUAUUCAGUUCCAGAGACACUAUACCAGAACAAAAAUCUUAUGAAUGCUAUUGAUGGCCAUGAAAAAGGUCUUAAUCAAUAUUUAGCUCUUAUGCUCAAUUUAAAAACAAAACCCACUGGAGAGAAAACUAAGUCAGUUUUUAUAAUGACAAUUUAAUUUGAAGCCCAUACAUUACUAAAAUUAAGAAAAAAAAUCUGAGGAAGAGUUCUGAGAUUUGUGGGAAACCCUUCAGAGUGAAUAAUUUUUUUUUUUUUUUACCAAUUGUCUGUUAGCAACAAUAGAAAGAAAAUUCUAUCUUUGCUAUAAUAUAAGAAAAGCUGUCUUUUAUUCAGAGCUCAGACCUUAUUCUGCAUCAGAGAAUCCACACUGGGGAGAGUUGUAUCAUUGUAAGAAAUAUAUAAUAACAUUAAUGCAGAAGUUAUCAAAUAUUUUAAAAUUCAAUGUGUAGAGGUGUUUAAUCAAAACUCAAAAGGAAAUGUAUUAGUUUUAGAAUCUCAAAUCUUUAGUGAGUCUAUAUUAUCAAUGGUAUAUAGAAAUUAUUUUAGAGAAUGUGGAGAAAACAAAUCCCUUUCAUAUCUAAGUUGGCAUUUAUAUAGAUGUCUGACAACUAGAGAGUCCUACCUUAUGCUCACGCUAGGUAUCUAUGCGUUCAUCGUGUGUGAACACACUAUGCUAUUGUGGUAUUAAGCUUACUAACUAGAUAUUCCAAGUGCCCCCUUUUCUCAAAAGUUAUUUUGUUUUGGUUUGGUUUGGUUUUUCUAGUAAGCAUGAGCUUGUGCGAGUUCCUGUACUAUACACAACAAAUGCUGAUUUAUUUCACUGUCAGUAAUGCAGCCCAUAAACUUUAAAAUGUGAAAUCACUUUCUCACUGCCAUUUAAUUACAGCUUUGAAAUGUGGAACAGGAUUUUUAAAAGCAAAUUUAUUUGUCAAAAUAUGAAGAUUUUUCUAUUACUGCUUAUCUUGUCAUCUAUUGAACAAAAAUGGUGGCUGUGAUAUUGUUAUUUAUAAUAAGAAAUAUAUACAGUAUUUCCUCUGUAUCCACAGGGUAUACCCAGUGGAAGCCUGAAACUUUGGACAGCACUGAACUCUAUAAUGCAAUGCCUUUUCCUUCUUAACUAAGCACUUUUCCUGCACUUUGGCUGUAACUUUUACAAUUCGAGAUGCAACACCAAAGCUAGAAUGCGUUUUUUCCAUUCACAAUUUCACAGGUAGAAGAUUCAUUCUUACCAUAGAUCUUAGCAACCUCUGCAUACAAUUUUUUUUUCUUUCCAUAAAUAAAAAUUUCACCUUUUUACUAAA